AUGGCAGGAGAGUGUCACACCCGACCCCACCUCACAUAUUCAUCCCAAAUGGAGAGUGUCACCCCUGACCCCACCUCACAUAUUCAUCCCAAAUGGAGAGUGUCACACCCGACCCCACCCAAAUGGAGAGUGUCACACCCGACCCCACCCAAAUGGAGUGUCACCCCGACCCCACCCAAAUGGAGAGUGUCACCCCGACCCCACCCAAAUGGAGAGUGUCACACAAAUGACCCCACCCAAAUGGAGAGUGUCACACCCGACCCCACCCAAAUGGAGAGUGUCACCCCGACCCCACCUCACAUAUUCAUCCCAAAUGGAGAGUGUCACCCCGACCCCACCUCACAUAUUCAUCCCAAAUGGAGAGUGUCACACCCGACCCCACCCAAAUGGAGAGUGUCACCCCCGACCCCACCUCACAUAUUCAUCCCAAAUGGAGAGUGUCACCCCGACCCCACCUCACAUAUUCAUCCCAAAUGGAGAGUGUCACACCCAACCCCACCUCACAUAUUCAUCCCAAAUGGAGAGUGUCACCCCGACCCCACCCAAAUGGAGAGUGUCACACCCGACCCCACCCAAAUGGAGUGUCACCCCGACCCCACCCAAAUGGAGAGUGUCACCCCGACCCCACCCAAAUGGAGAGUGUCACACCUGACCCCACCCAAAUGGAGAGUGUCACACCCGACCCCACCCAAAUGGAGAGUGUCACCCCGACCCCACCCAAAUGGAGAGUGUCACCCCGACCCCACCUCACAUAUUCAUCCCAAAUGGAGAGUGUCACCCCGACCCCACCUCACAUAUUCAUCCCAAAUGGAGAGUGUCACACCCGACCCCACCCAAAUGGAGAGUGUCACCCCGACCCCACCUCACAUAUUCAUCCCAAAUGGAGAGUGUCACCCCGACCCCACCUCACAUAUUCAUCCCAAAUGGAGAGUGUCACACCCAACCCCACCUCACAUAUUCAUCCCAAAUGGAGAGUGUCACACCCAACCCCACCUCACAUAUUCAUCCCAAAUGGAGAGUGUCACCCCGACCCCACCCAAAUGGAGAGUGUCACCCCGACCCCACCUCACAUAUUCAUCCCAAAUGGAGAGUGUCACCCCGACCCCACCCAAAUGGAGAGUGUCACCCCACCUCACCCCACCCAAAUGGAGAGUGUCACCCCGACCCCACCUCACAUAUUCAUCCCAAAUGGAGAGUGUCACCCCGACCCCACCUCACAUAUUCAUCCCAAAUGGAGAGUGUCACCCCGACCCCACCUCACAUAUUCAUCCCAAAUGGAGAGUGUCACCCCGACCCCACCCAAAUGGAGAGUGUCACCCCGACCCCACCCAAAUGGAGAGUGUCACCCCGACCCCACCCAAAUGGAGUGUCAUCCCCCGACCCCACCCAAAUGGAGAGUGUCACCCCGACCCCACCCAAAUGGAGAGUGUCACACCCAACCCCACCUCACAUAUUCAUCCCAAAUGGAGAGUGUCACACCCAACCCCACCUCACAUAUUCAUCCCAAAUGGAGAGUGUCACCCCGACCCCACCCAAAUGGAGAGUGUCACCCCGACCCCACCUCACAUAUUCAUCCCAAAUGGAGAGUGUCACCCCGACCCCACCCAAAUGGAGAGUGUCACCCCCCCCACCCCACCCAAAUGGAGAGUGUCACCCCGACCCCACCUCACAUAUUCAUCCCAAAUGGAGAGUGUCACCCCGACCCCACCUCACAUAUUCAUCCCAAAUGGAGAGUGUCACCCCGACCCCACCUCACAUAUUCAUCCCAAAUGGAGAAGUGUCACCCCCGACCCCACCCAAAUGGAGAGUGUCACCCCCCCACCCCACCCAAAUGGAGAGUGUCACCCCGACCCCACCCAAAUGGAGAGUGUCCCCCCGACCCCACCCAAAUGGAGAGUGUCACCCCGACCCCACCCAAAUGGAGAGUGUCACCCCGACCCCACCCAAAUGGAGAGUGUCACCCCCGACCCCACCUCACAUAUUCCUCCCAAAUGCCGCGGCCUUUGA